GGCGGGAAUCGCAUUCCGAAAUAUACUGCCAUGGUGGCCCACGCCCCUUUUCAAAUUUCAUUCUACACUCCCUUUAUCACAACACAAUUCAAAAAUCCCUAAUUUGGAUUCCACAUUGCUCUCGCUUUCUGUUCAAUUUCCCCCUUACACCAACGGAAAUUUGGUCCAUUUCUACUAAACGGAGAAAUUUUGGAAUUGGCUUUACAGUACGUCCGAGAAGGGGCAGACAAGAAUCUUCUGGUAGUUCAUCUGCUCGUCCUUUUCCGUGUCGCCAUUUCCGCCGAAAAAUUAAGGAAAAAAGUUGAGGGGUAAUGUUACAGCGUGAUAUGGAAGGAUGGAGGUGAAGAGUGGGCUGUAGAAUUUGGGAACUUUAGAUUUGCUUGAUCGAUUGGGUGGGAUUUCUGCUGCACUUUUAGCAUCAAAAUCCAGUAGUGGCCUUUGGAAGCAUUUGCCAAGCUUAUGAUGGAGCAACUUCCGGGUGUCAAUGCAUCAAAAUACGGGGAGAUUGGUAGCUUACAUGAAGUUUGUAAUGGCCUUGCUUCUGAAACAACGGAAACUUUAAAUGGUUUGGCUGAAGGGGGCCAUAAUUCUGAUCUUGUCCAAACAAAGGGUGGAAAUUAUGUGGAAAUCCCGAUUUCUAAGAUUUCAGAGCUGAUUAACUACGGGAGUUUCAAGACCGCCUCUAUCCCGGCAACAUUCAGUAUCAUAAAUAGGAUGAUUGAUAAUUGCAUUGAACAGAAGAAUGACGACAUCCCUAAGGGUGUUGCAUCCAUUUUGAAAUUACUUAUUUUGGAGCUUCAGCAGCAGGUUUCGAAACAAUCCCAAAAGAUGAAGAAGCAAAGCGCUCUGUACACGUUUCGUGAAGAGAGGUGCCUGGAAAAGAUUAGAGUUUUAGAAACCCUUGUGAGUGGAACCACCGAAGAAAAUGAGGUUGUCUUGAACCAGCUCCAGCAAUCAAAGUUUCAGGAGAGUAAAUCCAAGGAGGAGAAGGAGCUCAUAGAACAGGGUUUAAUUACAUUGAAGCAAGAAAAGGACCACUGUGAAAGUGUAAUUUCAUCACUCGAGGAAGAGGUAAAAUUAGCGAAAAAGGCCUACGAGGAGAAUUGCUCUCGAUUGGAAGUCAGGGCCGAAGAAACUGAAAAUAAACUACAGAAGAAAAUACUUGAGCUUGAGUACCUUCUGUCUGAUUCAAGGAACAAAGUGAAAGAACUCGAGGAAUUUUCCGAAUCGAAAUUUAUGCUGUGGAAAAGAAAGGAGCAUGUAUACAAGCAUUUCAUUGAUUCUCAAACCGGAUCUUUACAGAGCCUGAGAUUGUCGACUGAGUCCAUAAAGCAAGAGGUUUCAAAUAUUAAGUACAAGUAUGCCGAAGAAUUUCAUCGUUUUGGUUUGAAUCUAAAAGGAUUGAUCGAUGCUGCUCAAGAUUACCACACUGUGCUUGAAGAAAAUCGAAAACUCUAUAAUGAGGUUCAAGAUUUAAAAGGAAACAUACGAGUUUAUUGUCGAAUACGGCCAUUCCUUCCGGGACAAAGUCGAAAACAAACAACCAUACAGUAUAUGGGCGAGAAUGGCGAAUUAGUCGUCGUAAACCCGUCGAAACCCGGAAAAGAUAGCCAUCGUCUUUUCAAGUUCAACAAAGUCUUCGGUCCUGCCGCCACUCAAGAGGAGGUGUUUCGAGACACUCAGCCAUUGAUUCGCUCCGUUCUUGACGGGUAUAAUGUCUGCAUAUUCGCUUACGGCCAAACCGGUUCGGGGAAAACUUACACCAUGAGUGGACCGAGUGUUUCAUCGGUCGUCGAUUGGGGGGUCAACUAUCGAGCUCUCGAUGAUCUCUUCAAUAUCUCCCAAACAAGAAGUGGCUCUAUCGAGUACGAAGUCGGCGUCCAAAUGGUCGAAAUAUACAACGAACAAGUCCGCGAUUUGCUCUGCAACGACAAUUUUCAAAAGCGGCUUGGGAUUUGGAGUACUUCCCAACCAAACGGUUUAGCUGUCCCCGACGCCAGCAUGCAUCCCGUUAAAUCAACCGCCGACGUUUUAGAGCUGAUGAAUGUCGGGUUAAUGAAUCGCGCCGUCGGCGCUACUGCCUUGAACGAGAGAAGCAGCCGGUCUCACAGCAUCCUCACCGUUCACGUCCGCGGAUUGGAUUUGGAGACGAAUGCUGUGUUGCGUGGCUGCCUUCAUUUGGUUGAUCUCGCCGGAAGUGAACGCGUCGACCGCUCCGAGGCUACUGGCGACAGAUUGCGCGAAGCGCAGCACAUAAACAGGUCUUUAUCGGCACUCGGAGACGUGAUUUUUGCGCUGGCGCAGAAGAAUCCCCACGUCCCUUACCGAAACAGCAAAUUAACACAAGUGCUUCAAAGCUCCCUCGGUGGCCAAGCGAAAACGCUCAUGUUUGUUCAACUCAACCCGGACGUCGAAUCGUAUUUCGAGACUAUAAGCACCCUUAAGUUCGCCGAGAGGGUUUCCGGCGUCGAGCUGGGCGCCGCGCGGAGUAAUAAAGAGGGGCGGGAUGUUCGAGAGCUUAUGGAACAGGUAGCUAGUCUGAAGGAUGCCGUUGCGAAGAAGGACGAAGAAAUGCGGAGGAUAAAAUGGCUCGAAAAGAUCGAUUCAGCGUCUCCGAUAAGCUAUUCGACGAUCGGUCCGAACAUAUAUUCGGGCGUCGAAAACUCUUGUGACCCGGACAACGAUAAGCAUUCGGAUGCCGACGAUUUCAAGCUCCGACAAGACUUGUUUCAGCAAACGGGAACAGCUUGUGCAGACGGCGCCGAAAACUUCCUCGGAGAUGCUGAUUUCGAGAAACUCAGCGAGACAUCCGACAGUCUCUCGACGGGAAUCGAAUCCGAAGGACCGACGAACAGCAUCGCAAGGCCCGGGCGAUUCUCCGAGAUCGCUCGACCGUCGACCGAAAAGCGCAAUGCACGUGCCGAGCUCCCGCGGCCACAGGUAAAGCAAGGCCAAACGCCGCUCCCUCGACUGUCGUUGCACAAAAGUUCGACGAAAGUUCCGACUUCGAAACGGGCGUCGCUCAGCAGUUUCUCGGCGAUGGCGAAAAUUCCGAGCCGCCGGUGAAUUUCUAACUCAGGUAAGGUUUGUUUAGUAUGAUCGAUGGUAGCUUGUGUAGCAUGUGUGGUUACGGUCUAACUAACUAAUUAACUAUGGUUAGUUAAUAGGGUUGGGUUGACUAACCAUGGUUACUAGGGGUGUGGUUGUGUCAAUUUUUAUGUUGGUUAGGUAUGGUAUGGUAUGGUGUUUUUCAGUUUGUUAGAUUGAUUGCCAUUGAAGAAAUUCAAUGUAUUAAUGUUAUCUUGUCUCUUGAUGGGUCACACCUCAGCUGUUUUUAUUAUCGCUAAUUUAAGUUUUUAUUUUGAAAAUAGGGAAAAAUUUUAAUUGAAAAUAAAUUA